AUGGACGGUUUGAUCCCGGUGGCUAUCAAAACCUCUGGAGAGAACAAUGUGCUUCCUUUAGGACUUCUACUCGAAGCCAGCAUUCUGGUGGAACUACGUCACCCCAACAUCUGCCAAACGAAUGAGCGAAUGUACAUUGUGACUGAGUGGGUGUCUGGCGGAAGUCUUGCAGAUUACCUCCAAGAAUAUGAUCCAGACUUACCGGAUCUUUAUGAAAUCGGAGCUCAGUUUGAAGACAUCAGAUUUUUCCGCAACCCUCCAAGAGGUCUGACAGAUGAAGCAGUUUUGGAGAUGGUUACCCAUGGCUAUCGUAUGCUCAAGAUGCAGGAAUGUCCAGACAGUCUGUACAACCUUAUGUUGAAAUGUUGGGACAAGGACGCUUCAGCCAGACUCACUUUCAAGUUUCUACACUUCUGUUUGGACCUAAGCUCCUGCUGGGAUAGGAAUUCAAUUCGCGUUUUCCCAGUCAAAUGGGCAGCCCCUGAGACUUUCAUGCACGGACGAGUCAGCACCAAGUCUGAUGUCUGGUCCUUUGGUGUCUUGCUGACUGAGUUGGUCACGCAUGGAUGUAUACCAUACCCUGGUAUGUCGAACAAGGAUGUCAUGGAUGAGAUUCAACACGGCUACCGCAUGCCCAAGAUGGCUGAUUGCCCUCAAACGUUGUACAAACUCAUGCUCAAUUGCUGGGACAAGGAUCCCGCGGCCAGACACACCUUUGAGUUCAUGUAUUCCUACUUGGAUCAUUGUUUCGUUUCAACGAAACCAGACUGCUAA